AUGAAUAUUGGAAGAGCUAGUUCAUCUUCAGUUGCUACAAUAUUUGCUAAUAUUAAUUCUAUUUCUAUGCUUAAUGGGACCAAUGUCAAGGAUUGGAAAAGGAAUUUACUUAUAGUUCUGGGAUGUAUGGAUUUAGACCAUACACUAAGGAAUGAACAACCUGCACCUCUCACUAAAGAAAGUUCCCAUGAUGAUAGAAGGGAAUUUGAGAGGUUGGAUCGUUCAAAUCGCGUGAGUCUAAUGAUUAUGAAACACAGCAUUCAAGAAGCCAUUUGGGGCACAAAAUCUGAAAGGGUUACUAUGGCCAAGAAGUUCCUUGAACAAAUUGAGGAACGUUUGCUAAAAACGAUAAGGUUGAAAUGA